AUGUCUAGAAGAGUGAUCCUCCGGUCGACCAGGUCGUCCAACCGGAAGCAGCCGCUACUGCAGUCGUGCCAAAGCUAUCCCCAGGCAGGAACCCGCCUGGGAGAAGCUGUGGGUGGCACAGCUGCCGUCUGCUGCUGCUUCUCCUUCGGGCUGGCCAACAUGGUGUACCUUGCAGUAUACAAGGUACCCGCACGGCUUUGCCAGAAGGCGCUGCGAAAGCGACGGCGGUCGAGGUCGCUGAUGGAGGAGGAGCUGGUGGCGACGCGGCGGCGGUGCUUGUGCGGGUGCUGCGACGACAUCAUGGGCGGCGGGAGGGUGUACCCGCUGUGCUGCGACGACGAGGACUUGGCGGCGCUGCGGGGGCGGAUUUCGGUGGCGAAGGACGAGGACGUGGUGGAGCUGGAGAAGGAGAUGUGGGAGAGGUUCUAUGGGAGUGGAUUUUGGAGGAGUGCCUCUCGGAGGAACAAUGAAUCGUUUUCGUCGCAAGAGAGGAUGCUUUCUAGCGCCAUGUCUUCUCCCAAUCUUCAGGUUCUUGCUGUAAAUUAA